AUGGCGUAUCAAAAUCUCAACCAGCCCCAAAGAGGCCAUCUUCGACAACGAUCUCAGACGUCUCUCGAGACAGGGACCACUUCGCCCGUCUCACCCCGUGGCAAUAGCGACUGGGUUGAUCCUUUUGGCGAAAACACCCAACACAAGCGCCAUAUAUACCAACUCUGGUUGAUACUUCGAUAUCUGGUCCUCAAAAUUGUGAUACCUUUCGCAAUAGUCCUCGUCGCUCUGAACUAUAGCGAUGUAUACUCGCGCGGCACAAGUGGAUCGUUUGGUGACGUGCAGUUGUCGUAUGGGAAUGAUGUGAGAUAUGGGAGCUUAGAUCGAAAAUAUGAUUUCUUGUGGCAGGAUGAUAUCGCUCCAGAACUCGGAAUUGUUCGACUGCCGAAGGAUAUGAGUUUGGGACCAGCAGAUGAGACGGAGUUAGGCAUGAUCGGAAUGUAUCACGGCCUACACUGUUUAGGAACGAUGCGAAUGGCGUUGCAGCGGGCGCAUUAUGGAGGGCAUAUUGGUCUUGAUCAGACGGAAGAGUCGCAGCUCGCACCUUGUUUCUGGUACCUGCGACAAGCGUUGCUCUGCUACGCCGAUGGCACGGUGGAGCUGCCAAGAUUCUAUAAUGGGACGCUCGGGAUGGAGAGCAUUUCUGGAGUGACUGAUGUUCGGCAAUGUCGAUCAGCAGAUAAAUUGCGGAAGCUGGAGCAUACAUAUGGUGCGAGAAUGAGCUAG